AUGGCUGGAUCCCGUUCGAGUCCGGUGUUGAGAGACGACUGGAGGGUUCCAACCGACACUAGAGACCGUCAAGGAAGAGGCAAACCUCGAGGAUCAGACCGCGAUAGAGGCAGGAGAAGGGGUGGUUGGAAGGAACGUCACAUUCGGUCUAGGGACACCCCGUUCGAUCGUCCACCACAGUCGCCCCCGCCGUCGCGUUCUUUUCCGGGCCCUGGUCGUGAAGCGCCUCGCAAAUAUCGCGAAUCUUCCCCUAGUGGUUCUGUUGCUCGUGGGUCCCCUGGUCCUCCCCCACGAGGAUUGAGGGAGGAUCAGAGGGUAGACGUACAUUCAUCGUCAAAUUACGAAGAUUUCGAACGCCACCGUUUUCAAGGAGAAACAGGCUUUGAAGGGGGCACAGGAACAAAUAUCCAGAGGUGUGAUUUGCCUUCUGUACUACAUCCACCAAAACGCAGAAGGACUCGAAGCCCUUCGCCGCAAGCACACCAUAAUCCCACCCAUUAUCGUCGGGGUCGUCCUUCCAGGCGCCGGGGAGAUCGCGAUAGGAGCCCUCCGCAAAAGAGACGCGGCCGUUUCCCAGGUCGCGGUGCAUUUCCUCGAGGCGAACCUCGCGGGAGGGGACGUGGUGAAAAUUUUGAUCGUUUUGGACCCUCGAGACGGAGAUUUUCUAGGUCCCCUGUUCGUGGCGCAAGAACUCGCCCGUCCCCUCGUGGACGACUUCGAAGCUCACCCACUGCGGACUAUAGUGAUAAAGACUCACUGUAUAGGUCUCCAUCUCGUGACUCUGUCCAGUCUAGGGGUUCGAAACUGUCUGUUUCAUCUCGUGCCUCGAGAAACGACCACAAUAUGAGCGAAACUAGACCUAUCCGUUCCAUAGUGGAUGAGUCUGCCCGGUCCCCUUCUCCUUUCCGUCCAAUCCCGAGCUUUGACUCGGACGAUACCAACAAGCCUACCGGUAAAGAAUCUGGCCGGCGAGAGGCAUUUCCGAUGCAUGGAAUGCGAGCCCCCGAUGUUCGCGGUGACCAACGCUCCCGACCUGUAAGACCACAUGCAGAUUCAGGGCAAUACGCGACGUCGCCACAAUAUGCCCCAUCAGUUGAUUCUCGCCAUGGAUCCCCUCAGUCUGUUUCUUCAUAUUCAAAUGGAAGAGGUUGGGCUGGGCAGCCUCCAUAUCAUAUGCAGCAUAGUAAUUCUCCAUACCGACAAAGCAAUUACCAAGGGCAAAGUGCUCUGCAGGGUCAAUAUUUCCAGAAUCAACAAGGCCAGUUUAACGACCGUCGGUUCUCUAGUACUGGGCCUCAAGGCUACAACAAUGGGCCCCCGCCGCGAGCUCGCGGGCAUUUCAGUAAUCUUCAAUGGACUGCAUCAGGUUCUAGAAGUCAGAGUCGCCAAAACAGCCCCCUCUCAACAUCAGCACAACAGCCCCAGAGUCCUCCACCCCCCUCCACAACCGAUGAGCGGAUGUCUCCUGAUAUCAGAGAAGGCGAUCAUCCUUUCAGAUCUUUAAAUAAGGAUUCCCAGGUCGAGGGCGAACAUUUGAAUCAGCGCUCGGAAAAUGGUGAUUCUCAAAACAUUCCACCUCAUUCUCGCCAACCCAGUACAUCCUCCAGUCAAAACAAGGGAGGGAAGUUUAGCUUUGCUCUCAAAUCUAAGGCUGCGCCUGCGCCCAUGCCUAAACCGGUUCCGGACCUGGCUCAAAGGAUGCAAGCUCGUGUCCCGCCACCGCGAGCUGCUGAACCUCCUCGGUCGAAAAUACCUCCCGGGCCAAGCCCCAAGUUUAAGCGUGAUACGCGCUUUGACCGCCACGAUCGCAACCGUGAAGGCCACCGUGACCGUGGCCGAGACUGGCAUAGGGACAAAGACGGUCGCCGAGAUUUCCGAGAUCCGCGUAACUUCCGUGAAUUUAGAGAAGGAUUCGAUGGACGUGAUUUCAGGAAAGAUGAUCGACGCUUCGGGCAUCACGAAGAUAGGCGAAAGGAUAGACGGCCGGACUACCGCGGCGAGCGCCGUCUGGAGCCUACCCCCGAAUUGACAAAGCGGACGAAAAUCAUAACUAGGGUGAAGCCACGCCCCACUCUUCCUGAUGAAUAUGCUAAGUCUGAAUCGGUCUAUUAUCGAAAGCCCGGCAAUGAAUCGGUCAUCGGCGCUGGUACAUAUGGAAAGGUCUUCAAAGCAGUCCACAUAUACACCAAGAAGGAAGUUGCCUUGAAGAGGAUACGUAUGGAAGGAGAAAGGGAUGGGUUCCCUGUCACAGCAGUGCGCGAGAUCAAGCUGCUUCAACAUCUCCGCAGCCACAAUGUUGUGAGCUUGCUGGAAGUGAUGGUUGAAAAGAAUGAAUGCUUCAUGGUAUUUGAAUACCUCUCACAUGAUUUGACGGGACUCAUCAACCAUCCAACAUUUACUCUUACCGCAGCCCAUAAGAAGAACCUGGCCAAACAGAUGUUCGAAGGCCUCAAUUAUCUUCACCAUCGAGGCAUUCUCCAUCGUGACAUAAAAGCUGCGAACAUUCUCAUCAGCAACAGGGGUUUACUGAAACUUGCUGAUUUCGGGCUUGCCCGCUUCUUCUCCAAAAGCCGCCAGCUCGAUUACACCAACCGCGUGAUUACCAUAUGGUAUCGGCCACCGGAACUACUUCUGGGUGAAACUAGAUACGGUCCAUCGGUUGAUGUUUGGAGUGCUGCCUGCGUGUAUAUUGAGAUGUUCACGAAGAAAGCUGUUUUCCCAGGAGAAGGUGGCGAGAUCAGCCAACUAGACAAGCUUUACAACUGCCUCGGUACGCCAACUCGGGCAGAGUGGCCAGACAUCGUCGAGAUGCCCUGGUUCGAAUUACUGAGGCCGACUGAGCGGAAAAGCAGAGUCUUCGAGGACCUAUAUCGUGAAAUUCUAAGCCCGGCUGCUCUGGAUCUUAUGGCCCAAAUAUUUCGUUACGAUCCUGCGAAACGACCAACUGCUGAGGAGAUACUUGCACACCCUUACUUCUUAUCUGAGGAGCCUCGUCCUCAGCAGGCCGUUGAAUUGGAAAGUAUCGACGGUGAUUGGCACGAGUUCGAAUCCAAGGCACUCCGCAAAGGAAGAGAUAAGGAGGCUCGCCGUGCUGAAUACAACAAAGAAAAAGAGAAACGGAAGGCUUGCUCCAUGGCUGUUGCGAGCGAACGAGAAGCCAAACGAACUAAACCAGAUAUGGGUUAA